ACGAGGAGUGGCGAUCCACCUAAGAUCAUUAAAUGUCGGGCAGCGGUUGCGUGGUCACCAAAAUCGCCCUUAACAAUUGAAACCGUUGAAGUCGAACCACCUCGGACCGGUGAAGUACGCAUCCGGAUUACAUCAACUGGAGUCUGUCAUACCGAUGCAUACACACUUGAUGGCCUCGAUCCCGAGGGAGUUUUCCCCGUUAUAUUGGGUCAUGAAGGUGCCGGGAUAGUGGAAAGUGUUGGCCCGGGCGUGACUUCUGUGCAGCCUGGAGAUCAUGUCAUCCCGCUCUACAUUCCCCAAUGUAAUGACUGCAAAUUCUGCACAAGAAAACCCCUGUUCCACUUUAUGGGCUGUAGCACAUUUAGUGAAUACACUGUGGUCGCGGAAAUAUCCGUGGCGAAAAUCAAUCCACAGGCUCCGUUAGAUCGGAUUGGCCUUCUGGGUUGUGGCAUCAGUACCGGUUACGGUGCAGCUCUGAACAAUGCAGGUACUGAUUGUUAA